UACAAACGUUUAGUUUAUUGUUAAAAUAAUAAACCAGAUAAUCUACAAUGGCAUCUAGCUUAAUACCCGAAUGGUUCGGAGCAGAUCUGUUUGAAGAUGUUCUUAAGACUAGUGUGGAGGGGUUCUCAAAAAUCCGGAGUUUUAAGGCGGAAAGUGGAUCUGCACCGGGUGAAAACUUUGCUACUAUAAUGCUGCGAGUUCAUAUCGAAGUAGAGCUGCAGGAUGGAACAACCAAAGAGGUCUCCUACAUGGUUAAGUUGCCGUAUGAACUUGCAGUCUACGAGGAAAUGAUGAAGCACUCCGAACUCUUCGAUUCCGAACGAACCAUGUAUAAUGAGGUUGUUCCAGAGAUGGAGGCACUUUAUAAAGAGGCAGGUGUGGAUGUAACUUUUGGACCUAAGAGCUACGACCUAAAGAAUGCGAAAAACAAAUACAUAGCUUUGGAAGAUCUACGCAUCAGGGGCUUUAAGAAUGUCAAUCGCCUUGAGGGACUCGAUCAAGCACAUACGGAGAAAGUUCUACGGAAGCUGGCCCAGUGGCAUGCUGCUUCAGCUGUGAGAGUGGCUACCAAGGAGUAUCCGGAACACUUACUAAAGGGAUUCUUUAAGGAGGAAAACAAGACGAUGAUGAAAGAAAUGAUGAACGGCAUGGGAAAGAUAUUCCACAAAUGCUGUGUCACAUACGAAGGUCACGAGGCCUACAUUGACAAAAUCAAAGCUCUACAACCAGUGGUGAUAGACGAAAUGUUUAAGUUAGGGGAGGUGGAUGCCACGGAUUUCAAUGUCCUGAACCACGGAGACUUUUGGUCAAAUAACAUUAUGUUCCAGUACGAUAAAUUUGGCAAAGUCGAGGAGGUUUACCUGGUCGACUAUCAGGUCACAAAAUACGGAACUUUGGCCCAGGACCUCUUCUACCUCUUGAUUUCUUCCACUAAGCUGGAAGACAAACUAAAAAAAUUCGAUUACUAUGUUAAGGUGUACCAUGAUAGUUUAGUAGAACACCUAAAGAUCCUGAAGUAUUAUAAACCAUUGCCAAACCUGCGUGACAUCCAUAAGGAGUUGUUGAAGUACGGACUUUUUGCUUACUCUGUUGCCAAAGGGGUGAUGGCCGCCGUUCUCGUUGAUCCCACAGAAUGUGCCACUUUUGAGAACUUUUUUGGCGAAACAGAAGAGGGAGUGCGCUUUCAAAUGCAAAUGUACAAUAGUAACCGUUAUCGAAAACACAUUCAAGCAAUCCUGCCUUGGCUGCUUAACCGUGGUGCCCUAGAUAUUAAUUAGAAAACUGCCUCUGAUUAUUAGGAAAUGUAUUUCCAUUUAAAAGACUUCAAUCCUAAGAUAAUUUCGAAGGAAUUCCAACAAAACUCAUUGUGUAAUAAAAGUAUGUAUGUAUCAUCUUUAUCUCAAA